AUGUUCAAGUUCGACUUCGAUAUCGACGACGCCGACAAUGCUGAGGAGCUCCUCGGGAUCAACUUGGAGUCACUAAGUAUACAAGAUCCCUCUACAAAAACAGAGCAGUUAUUGGAACUCGAGCCAUUUUCUGAACUUACUCUUACUACACUCCUAGACGGUGUACCGGAUCAGAUAUCCUAUUCACCGCUCUUUAUCUCUCUCUCAUCGACACGGAAAUCUACAUGCCUUCUUCGGCGGGAUUUGUUCGAUGCUCGAUUUCAACUCAUAUCGGAAGGCGCGGGAGAUGUUGUUGAUGAGCCCGCUAUCAACCAACAAGAUGAAAAUAAUGCAUCGGACUUGAAAACAGCGCGAAAAGCAUUGGAGUUUCUUAGCGCUCCUUCAGAUCUUGUUCCUGGAGUGUAUGAAGGAGGUCUCAAAACAUGGGAAUGCAGCUUAGAUCUCGUCGAUUACCUCGAUAGCUUGAAGGAGACAUCGAAAUACGAAUCAUUCGUAGGUAAGAAGAUUUUAGAGGUUGGUUGUGGGACGGGUGUACCGACAAUGUACAUCUUCCGAGAACUUUUAUACUCUUCAAAGCCAGGAGACACCCCUCUACAGAAGACGGUGCUUCAAUUGCAGGAUUACAACGCGUCUGUUCUGCAACUCGUUACCCUUCCUAAUAUUCUUUUAACAUGGUACACAUCCACCCACGCCGAUGCAUAUCGCACUUCCAUAAAAGACGAUGACAUGGCACCCAUUAUUCAAGACGCCGCCUCUGGAGAAUUGCCAAUAACCCCAGAGUUCAAAACCGCCUUCCUCAAAACCCUCCAAGAUCUCAAUAUUACCCUUCGUUUCUUCGCAGGUUCAUGGGAUACUUUUAAUCCUACUACAACGAGCACAGACGAAUCUCCGAAAUAUGAUAUUCUCCUGACUUCAGAGACGAUAUACAGGAACGAGAGUCUACAACCGCUCAUUAAUCUCAUGCGAAGAGCGUGCCCCGACCAAUCGGUAAACAAGACUUAUUUGUGCUUAGUUGCGGCCAAGGUAUUAUACUUUGGUGUUGGUGGAGGAGUCUCCGACUUUUUGCAAGCAGUGGAAAAGGAGAAGGCGGCCGUAGAAACUGUUUUAGAGCGCAAGAGUGGUGUAGGGAGAAAAAUAUUGCGGCUUCGGUGGUAG